AUGACGAGUAAUGGUACCGUAGGUCCUCCUGCGGCCGCGCCAGCAGUGCGAGUGUCCACGAGGUAUGCGGCCAAGUCGGCGAAGGAGAAGGUCCAUCAUAAGCGCGUGACACUAGGAACCAGUGAGAAAUCAGGAAAAAGUCGCCAACUCCCGGAGCAGGACCGUGUAAC